GUUGCCCAUUUCUACCACCCACAGUUUACUAUGACCUGGAUGAUUGAGAAUCUUCACAGACAUGUUUCCACGCAUUUUGGGAUGAGAACCCUUCGACUGGUGCGGGAGUAUGAGAAGUGUUCCAGAAAACUGGCAGACUACAGAAACCACCUGCGUUUUAACCUGAGAUGCCGACAAUCCAACAUUAUCCCCACUAGCCUACGCCUAUUUUCAACGGUUAAAGGACACAGAGCUGAGAUAAUCCUGCAGAAAGCCCAGAAGCGGCUUCUCAAAGAGAGAGUGAGACAAGUACAUUUCACCAUCGAUGCUCUCCAGAACAAGACUAAACUGAGGUUUGAGGAGUUGACAGCCCUUCUUCCCAGUGAAGUUUUGGAACGAGUCUCUGAUCUCACUGAGAAGGCACAGCUUUCACAACACACCAAAGGUAAGGAACGACAGAUGCACAAAUUUCAAAAAUUGCUGUCUAAAACCACCUCCUCUGGCAAGACAGAAGGGCUGACUUGGAGGAGGAAAUCUGACCAGGCUACACAACCGGACAUAGAAGAGAAAUGGGUGAAAAACUUAUCCGACAGGGUACUCACCCAACCAGAGAGAGAUGUCUUAUCCAAGGGUCUUAACUUUGCAGUUUCACCUGAGCAGAUACCAGUAGUAGAACUCAUCACAGCCACAGAGACAGCCAUCAGGAACAACAACCUGACCAACACAGAGUCAGAACAACUUAGACUGAAGAUAUCAGCUGCUCUAUCCAGUGCGAAAGCACCCCCCUCCAACCUCACCAGCCAAGAAAGGAGGGCUCUUACAGUGCUUCAAAGAGACCGGAACAUCACCAUCCUUCCUGCUGACAAAGGGAGAUGCACAGUGGUGCUAAACACAGCAGACUACCACUCCAGGAUGACCAGUCUCCUCAGUGAUACAACCACUUAUGAAACAUUGAGGAGGGACCCCACAAGUGGUUACAAAAGGAAAGUUGUUAGCUGUUUGCAACAACUAGAAAAGGACCAAGCCAUCAACCAAUCUCUUUACUACAGAUUGUACCCUGGGGAAGCCGUGCCUCUCAUAUACGGACUCCCCAAGAUUCACAAAGAAGGAGCUCCUCUCAGACCUAUUAUCAGCAGUAUAAACUCGGUCACAUAUAACAUUCCUAAACACCUAGCCACCAUCUUGACUCCCCUGGUUGGGAAUACACCAUAUGUCAAAAAUUCCCAAGAUUUUGCUUCUAAAGUUGCAGACCUCAAACUAGAUUCAGAUGAAACCAUGGUUUCCUACGAUGUCAAUUCUCUGUUCACCUGCAUUCCCACCACAGAAGCAGUCGAAUCUGUAAGAAAACGACUCAUUCAGGAUAGCUCCUUACUGGAUAGAACGAAACUCACCACGGAUCAGAUUUGCACCCUGCUUGACCUCUGCCUGACUACCAUUUAUUUCCAGUUUAAUGAAAGUUUCUAUAGACAGAAGCAUGGAUGCGCCAUGGGAUCACCAGUAUCCCCUAUUGUGGCCAAUUUAUACAUGGAGGAAGUGGAACAUAUAGCUUUGACCACUUUUGCAGGAGUUGCUCCCAGCCAUUGGUUUAGAUACGUGGAUGAUACCUGGGUUAAAAUCAAAAUCCAGGAGGUGGAAGCUUUCUCAAAACACAUCAAUGCAGUGGAUAGCAACAUCAACUUCACUCGGGAGGAGGUCAGUGGGAAUAAUCUAGCCUUCUUGGAUUGUGAUGUACACAUUAGACAAGACAGAAGCCUUAGUAUCGAGGUCUACCGGAAACCCCCACACACAGACCAGUACCUACUUUUCGACUCUCACCACCCACUGGAACAUAAAUUGGGGGUCAUUAGGACCUUGCAACACAGGGCUCAGAACAUUCCUACAACAUUAGAGGGAAAAGAGAAGGAGCAGAAUCAUAUCAAGAAAGCACUUCAGAAUUGCGGUUAUCCCAACUGGGCUUUCCUAAAGAGCAUAAAAAGGAACAUAACUGACAAGGAUGAUAACAGGAACAAACGCAAGAACAUUGUCAUUCCCUACAUUUCUGGUCUAUCGGAGAAACUCAGGAGGAUCUUCUACAAACACAACAUUCCGGUACAUUUCAGACCCAAUAACACCCUGAAGCAGAAACUGGUCCACCCUAAGAACAGAAUACCCAGACACAAACAGGACAACGUAGUGUAUGCAAUUCAGUGCAGUGAGAAUUGCACGGAUUUGUAUAUUGGGGAGACGAAACAACCGCUAUACAGGCGUUUGGCCCAACACAGGAGAGCCAGCUCCUCAGGCCAGGACUCGGCUGUCUACAUUCAUCUUAACAACAAAGGACACUCAUUUCAGGAUUGUAACGUACGCAUUUUAGCCAGAGAGGAUCGUUGGUAUGAGCGAGGAGUUAAAGAAGCCAUUUUUGUCAACCUGGAACGGCCAUCACUGAACAGAGGUGGAGGUCUAAGACAUCAUUUGUCAAACAUCUACAAGGCGGUCUUGGACACUCUUCCCAGACGGCUGGGUGUACGCCAGGACCCAGCUGUUUUCGGUGACUCACAGGAGGACAGAGAGAGUCAGAUUGCCAUUGAUCACCCUAACGGGCAAUCCUUUGAUCACCCUAAUGACUCGCCGUUCACACCCAGCCUCCAGUGACCCACACCAACAUGAUG